AUGAAAAAGAAAUCCCUGACAAAUUGUAGUUAUUACAGUUCGCUGUCUAGAAGGAAGCGGGAUCUACUGCGAUAUAGAGGCCUUCUUGCUCACGGUAAAUCACCGAAUGCAAAGAGGCAAAAUCUUUCUCCGUUAAAUUAUGUAUCAUGGAGACGAAAGUUUAGCAAAUUUAUAGGGCAUUCAGAGCUAAUCCUCGGUAUGGGCAAUCAAGAUUUAAAUAUGUGCAAGCAGAAUGUUAACUGUAAACUUCCUACAUGCUGGUGUUUUGGAAGAAAGCCUAGUUUUGAUAGCAGGAACAUACCCCAGUUCGUAUAUUUCACGUUCGACGGAAUUGUUGACAAGAUCACCCGCAAGAAAAUAGCCCAUCUUUUUUCACAGGACAGAACCAACGAGAAUGGGUGUCAUAUUCGUGCCACGAUCUUUAUAACUGGUCUGGCGUCAGAUUACAAAGAGAUUAAUUGGCUCUAUAAAGCUGGACAUGAAAUAGCACUGUAUGGUCUUAGCAAUGAUAUUGUCGAUCCCUUCAUGAAGCACCUUGAAAUACCUGUUCAGAAGAAAUUACUCGAACGCUAUGCAGGAAUCUCUGAUUUAUAUGUAACUGGCUGGAGAAACGUUCACGACACAUCAAAAUGGCAUAAACAACUGGACAGUUUAAAAAAAUACAAUAUGGCGUAUGAUUCUUCUAUUGUAAUUAGACCGUCAAGCGUCAGAGAACAAGAAAUAUGGCCAUUUACAUUAGAAUUUGGUUGGGAUGAAAAUUGCCAAAAUAGUAGUUGUCGGUUCAAAACAAAGGAAUCAGAAGUACUGUGGGAAAUUCCUUCAAUUCUUUAUUCGAAUUUUAAAACUUCUAAAUCAUGUUAUUAUAUUGACGACUGUUUUAAUGAUUCCCAUACAUCGUUAGAAACCUUUGACAACCUCGUUAGUAAUUUCUUCAUUGCCCACAAAUCUAAAAUGCCCUUUGGUGUACGCUUGAGAAAAUACUGGUUUAAUAAAAAAAAUAAAGCGAAUUUUGGGGCCCUUGAUGCGUUUAUAAAAUUUCUAUUAGACCUCGAUAAUGUGUACUUAAUCAGUAUAUCUGAUCUUGUUGGAUGGAUGCGACAUCCACAACCGAUUUUUACUGAGAGAAAUAUCAAAAAUUUUCUUGGUAUUGGAUGUUAA